CUCUGAUCACGUGACUUCAAAGUUUUGACCUACUAAAUUACAGGUGUUCUAAAAGUGUUUAUAUCUACGUUCCUUGUAAAAAUACACUAGUAGAAGCUCACAAGGAUUUCGUAGAUGUAUCCUAGCUUGUCUAGGUGACACAAUUACAAUGAGGGGAGCGUUAUUAGGGCUGAUAUUCAGCGUUUACCUUUGCACAGUUCAUUGUCAAAAUCCACAAAUUACACAACAGAUCUUGCCGGAGGUUAAGAGGAUAGGCCAAACAGCUUAUCUCAACUGUACAGUCACUAGGCAGCAGCUAAAUAAGGUGUAUUGGACACAUUUAGACACCCAGACCACUAUAUCCAGUGAUGAUCAGAUCAUUGUAGACUACAAUAAAGUUGUUGAUGGCUACCCCAAAUACCAAUGUAUCAAGGCUCCUCUACCAGAUCAAAGAACCAUUGUGUAUAUGUUGAUCAUCAGAAGGCUACAACAGAGAGAUUCAGGAACAUUUAGAUGCAGAAUCUAUGUAAAGGGUGCUACAAAACAUCCACAAAAAGAUGGCAGUCUUACAGUUCUUGUGCCACCAGUUAUGAUUUACUCACAAACGACAUCCACUGUCAGUGUAAUGGAGGGGGGCUCAACCGAUCUGAAGUGUAAUGCCACAGGAUAUCCCUACCCCAACAUUACAUGGGUCAGAGGCAAUGGAAAAGCUCUACCCAUUGGAAAAUUCUCAUAUCGGGGCACCAUUCUUAAACUCACCAGUAUCCAAAAGAGAGACAGGGGUGUUUAUCGCUGUGUUUGUGACAAUAAUGUCCGACCUCCAGUUACCCAUGAUGCAACAAUGCUCGUGUUUUUCCGACCAGAAGCAAAUUAUGUCCAGGACUCCUAUGGUCAGGCACAGAAUCGACAGUUUGAUUUGACAAUAGAAUGUAGAAUUGCAGGUUACCCUGAUCCUGAGUUGAAAUGGUAUCAGAUUAUUGGAGAUGGAAAGAGGGAAAUAAAUGACGAUGAAAAGCACGAUAUUCAAAUCUUGACAAGUCAUGGCUCAUCAUUAGAUAUCAGCGAACUGUGGUUCACGCUGACAAUAAUUAAUGUACAGGCCAAUGACUAUGGGCGGUAUGAAUGCGAAGGGAGUAACGUAUUAGGCACAGACAGUGCUUUCAUUAAAUUAUUCGAAACAUCUGAGUGCCAAGGAGCCAACUGCCCAGAUGAGGCUGCUGUAACUGGGGCUGCCAACAGACAGAGCCACCUUUUGGGUGCCCUAGGAACUAUUAUCACCAUAAGCCUGGUUUAUCAUUUGUAAUGAUUAUAGCCAACAAGAAACAUCCGAGUGCCAAGGAGCAAAUUGUCCACCAGAGGGAUUCUCUGGAUAUGGCAAUGGAGCUUCUCACAUCUGCAUCUCUAUGGCAACAAUUGUAUUCAGUUUCCUAGCAACCAGAUAUUAAUCAAGGAUAAAUCAAAACAUUCCACAUAGACAAAUAUAGAUAUUUACUUUACUUUACUACAGUAAUAGUAAUAGGAUAGUAAUAUUUUCCAAUGCCCAGUGGAGACAUGAUAUUGGACAUGGAGCAACUAAAUGCAAUUUUAUUAUUUACACAUUACCUGGAUUUCAUUUUCUUGAUCUGAAAGAAUUGAUAUUGAACAUUCCAUCGUGCAUGUGAAUGUAUAUUUUGUACAAUAUUAUGUUAGGACAUAUUCUGCAGUAUGGUGCGAGUAUACAAAAACUUUUGGGUAUAUCAUAUUCUUACUUCACAAAGUGUAUAUGUAUUCUACUUAUCUAACAUUACCAUGGCAACUGUUUAGAUCUGUUUUCUAGCAAUAACUUGAUGUCAAUAUUGAAGCAACAUUAGCUAUUUUAUUUGCAAAAAGAAUCCUCCUUUUGAAUUUAAUAUAUUGUAUUUGUUCAUAUGGUAAAAGCAAUGCGUUUUUAGAAUUUAUCACACAUGGAUAUAUCAGGGAAAUACUGUUUAUGAUUUACAACCUCUAUGAUAUUGCAUUGUCAUGACACCAUUUUAAACAUACAAAAUGAUAUUAAUAUACAGUAAAUACUUCAUUACUUUACAUAAGAUUUGAGAUGGUAUUACCAAGAUGAUAUUCUAGCAUUUUGCUUUUGUGUGUCCAGAUUCUAAAACAUAUUUAAUUUUAUAUCAUUGUAUAUAACACUAUGUUAAACACAACUUAUCUUUAUUAUGUUUUAUCCAUUUUAAAAUUGCAUGCUUGAUUUGUCUGAAUGACCAUGAAUGCAUUUUAAAAGUAUAUCUUAUAGUUUUCUAAUCUGCUUGUUAGAUUUUUAUCAUACAUUCCUUGUAAAUAUAAGCAUGAAACAGAAAAAAUGAUGUAUAUAAUUUUUAUUCCUGUAAAUUUGAAUGUAAAUAAUGCAAGUAGAUUUCUAAAUUCUGAUUCAUUAAGAAAAUAACAAUAUGAUAUAAUGAUAGUUUUAGCUAUAUAUUUUGUAUACAGCGCAUGAUUUCAAAGGUGUAAUAAAAUGUAUGAUUUUUUUCUAAAUCCCUGUGUUAGUUACUUUUUCAAGGUUAGUGAACAGUGGACAAAGGGAAGGAGUCAUGGCCCCAAAAAGUGACCCAUUUAAAGAGACAACACGGGAUGGCAACAAAUUUAUUUU